UUUAAUUUUAGGGUCAAAUCCUAAUAGUUUUGUUUUUUGGUUCAGACUGUUUUUCCUUGAAAAAGACAUGCAAAUGACAGCAUUUUAAUCUGUAUAGGGACCUUCAGGGUCAUCCCUUCAGUACUGGGAAGAACUGCUGUCUGGAAUUUGCCAGGGUGAUGGGAACCAUCCAAACUUAAAUUGGCGUGAAAUCUAUCUGUUGUCUUUUCCAGGAGACUUGGGUUCAGAGUCUAUAUCUGUUCAUCAUUUGAGCAAGUUUGUCCAGCCUUUCUACUUUUUUUCAAUACAAUAGAAAACAGUGGUUGCCAGUGUGGAGAGGAGAAAAAGGAGUGACUGCUGAUAGAAAGUCUGCCUUCUGGGAGAACCAUUCUGACAAUUUCCUGUGCUGUCAGAUAGCUCCACAGAAUUCAGUUUCUGAGAACCAGCCAGAGGCAUGCAGUGACAUUGCGUAACCGCUUCUGAAGUGAGAGAUAUCAGCUGCCGGGCUCAGAGGAGCUGGUUCACAGGAGCAACAUGAAAGGAGCAGGCAUCCUGGACGGAGCGCCCAAGACCCUCUUGGCCAAGGCACUUUAUGACAACCACCCCGACUGCGCCGAUGAGCUGGCUUUCUGCAGAGGAGACAUCCUGACCAUUCUGGAACAAAAUGUGCCGGAAAGUGAAGGCUGGUGGAAGUGUUUGCUCCACGGGAGGCAAGGCCUGGCCCCUGCCAACCGCCUCCAAAUCCUAGUGGAGGCCCCCACAGACAGGCCUCGUCCCCCUUUCCUGAAAGGCCUAGACAAUGCUCCCACCAUCUCCCAGGAGACCUACGAGGUGCCUACCCUGCUCAACCCCUCAUCUCCUGUGUAUGAGCAGAUGAAGAGUUGGGUGGAGGGGCCCCCGCCUCCCACAGUCCAAGUCUACGAAGUCCCUGACCCACCUACCUGUGCCAGAAUCGUCUGUGAAAAGACCCUAAGCUUUCCAAAACAGGCUGUCUUCAUGAUUCCCAGACCUGCUCGGACCUCAUUACCAGCCCUGGCUUGCCAGGUGUACGACGUGCCUGCUCAGAGCCGGUGCCCACCAACCCUGAAGGAGCCAGGCACGCAGCAGCUAUAUGAUAUCCCCCCCAGCCCCCAAAAGGCAGCACUGGGUCCCCCGGCCAGCCAAACAAAUAGGCAGAAUAUUCCCCCGACAUCAAGCAUCGCCUUAAGGAGGGGUGGCUGCAACACAUUGCCAAGCCCUCAGAAAUCAGAAUGGGUUUAUGACACGCCAGUGUCUCUGGAAAAGGCUGAUGUAAGAAAUGCAUCUCCAAGUAGCUCUGUGGAAAAAUCGGGGCACCAUGCCCUCCCCAGGUGUAUGUCCAGCUUCCACAGCCCUCCGAGCAGCAGAGCAGGGACUCCCAGUCUACACCCACAGAAAAACAUGCCCAUGCAGAAAAAAUUCAGCCUUCCAGAAAUUCCUUCUUAUAGCUUUCCACUAGCCAAGGGUGCAUUCCCUUUGGAUGAAGGUGUCAGCUACAAGGUUCCUUCAAGUUUUCUGAUCCCCCGAGUGGAGCAGCAGAACACCAAGCCGAAUAUUUAUGACAUCCCUAAAGCAAGGCCGAGGGACCCUCAGUCUGGGAAAGAGCUGGGAAAAGCCAACAUGCCUUCAGAGAAUUCCUCGGACCAUAACUCCUCAUGGCUUCCCAGCCAGGCAGCAUCGCUGUCCCCUGAACCAGACAGCUCUUCUGUGUCCAGCUCUGACAGUAGAGCCAGCAUUCUUUCCUCCUGCUCCUCCACAUCCACUGACUCUUCGUCCAGCUCCUUCUCAGAGGAGUCAGCCAGAGAGCUCCCCUUGGACCUGGACCUGGCCAGAGAGACGGUCACAGUUCUGCAGCACAAGGUGGCCAACUCCGUCGGGGGCCUGAUGCUCUUUGUCAGUAGGAAGUGGAGGUUCAGGGACUCUCUGGAGGCCAACAUCGAUGCAAUCCGCAGGGCCGCUGACCGCACAGAGGAAUCCUUGAGAGAAUUCCUGGAUUUUGCCCAAGGAGUCUGUGGGACCACCUGCAACCUCACCAACAGUAACCUUCAGGCCAGAAUUAGGGAUCAGCUACAGACGAUCUCCAACUCCUACCAAAUCCUGCUUGAAACAAAGGAAAGUCUGGAGAGCUGCGAUUGGUCCCUGGAAGUCCUUGUGACUGACAAAAUCCAGAACAGCCCGGAUGACCUGGAGAGAUUUGUUCAGGUGGCACGGAUGGUUCCAGAAGACGUCAAGAGGUUCGCCUCCAUCAUCAUUGCCAAUGGGAGGCUCCUUUUCAAGCCGAACUGUGAAAAGGAAGAUCCCGUGCAAUUGACCCCAAGUGCAGAGUUUAAGCUUGCCAAAUCCAUCCAGCUUCCCAAAAGGGAGAUUGAAUCCUAUCAAAGGAACACUCCUUUUCAUAAGCAAAAAGAAAGCAAACACUCUCCUGAACUACUAGAGAAGAACAGGACAAAUGUUUGUGAACAGAAGUUGCCUCACCUGGAAGAGAGAGAAAAGCCCAUCUUGGAACAAAGGUCGGAUGAAAACAGCGACUUAGAAACACAGAAUUCUAGCUCCCUGGUCCCCCAGCCUUUGAGUCAGCAGAAUCCUGAGAAGAAAAUUCGCCUUUCUGAACAUUGCCGUCUCUAUUUUGGGGCGCUCUUCAAAGCCAUCGGCGUGCUGAACAGCAGCCUCCAGAACAGCCAACCCCCCGAGACCUUCAUCACGCAGAGCAAGCUGGUCAUCACGGUCGGGCAGAAGCUGGUGGACAGGCUGUGCCGGGAGACCCAGGAGCGGGACGUGCGCAAUGAGAUCCUGAGAGGCAGCAGCUGCCUCUGCAGCCUGCUCAAGGACCUAGCGCUGGCCACCAAGCACGCCGUGCUCCAGCACCCCAGCCCCGCUGCCCUGCAGCACCUCCAGGCGGAAGCCAAGAAGCUGGAGCAGCAUGCACAGCAAUUCAGGGGGAUGUUGGAAUAAGCCUCCUUCUCCCUGUUAAACUCUUCACUUCAGUUGCACACCCACAACCUGUGCAAGUCUGUCCUCUGGGAAAAACCAACCUGGGGGUAUACAGUUGUUGGCAAUGGUCAUGGUGCCCAAACCCAGUGUUACCGAGGGUCUGGGCAACUCCAGGGUAUUGGCUUAUCCCACAGAGUCAGGGAGGAGUUAGGUGUGAAGAAAGGACCUAUCGUGUAGGGCCAGUGUAUGAAAUGAGGUUGUGGAAUCCAGUUUUUUAUAUUAGCUCAAUGUGUGCCUGUUUUAAGUUCAUUCAUUCAUUCAGUACUUAUUUAUUGGGUAUCUAUUGUAUGUUAAAUUCUAGGUGCUGGGCAUGUAGCACUGAAUCAGACCAAGGCUUUGCCCUCAGGGCAUUUACAAUCUAGUGGGGAGACAGACAAAUGAUGAAGAAGUACAUACACAAUAUAUUAGGUGCUAGGGAGAAGCCUACUUUGGGGCUUCUUUGGGGGCUCAGUGGUAAAGAACCCACCUGCCAAUGCAGGAGACGUGGUUCGAUCCCUGGUUUGGGAAGAUCCCCUGGAGAAGGAAAUGGCAACCCACUCCAG